UGCAGGUCCAUGGCAGCCUUCAGUGGUCUGGUGUAAGCAUGACGGCAGCUGAGACCAUGGGAGUGUCCUUCUGCUGGCAUCAAGUCUCUUUACGACCCACAAUCCUCCCUGGCCCACACACACUCAUGUGUUGCUAUGCUGCACCGCGGGCCCACGCUGAGGAGAAGCUGCUCCAGGACCUCUUUGUGCGCUACAACAAGCUCUCCAGGCCGGUGGAAAACUCGUCGGACACGGUUCUGGUCCACUUUGGACUGUCCAUCGCUCAGCUCAUAGACGUGGACGAGAAGAACCAGAUGAUGACCACCAACGUGUGGGUCAAGCAGGAGUGGAACGACUACAAGCUGCGCUGGAACCCGGAGGAGUACGAGAACGUCACCUCCGUCCGGAUUCCCUCAGAGAUCAUCUGGAGGCCCGACAUCGUCCUCUACAACAACGCAGACGGCGACUUUGCGGUGACGCACCUGACCAAGGCCCAGCUGUUCCAUGACGGGCGCGUCAAGUGGAUGCCCCCCGCCAUCUACAAGUCGUCGUGCAGCAUCGACGUCACCUUCUUCCCCUUCGACCAGCAGAGCUGCAAGAUGAAGUUCGGCUCGUGGACGUACGACCGCGCCAAGAUCGACCUGGUGGGCAUUGCGGGCGACGUGGACCAAAUGGACUACUGGGAGAGCGGCGAGUGGGUGAUCGUCAACGCGGUGGGCAAGUACAACACCAAGAAGUACGAGUGCUGCGCCGAGAUCUACGCCGACAUCACGUACUACUUCAUCAUCCGCCGGCUGCCGCUCUUCUACACCAUCAACCUGAUCAUCCCCUGCCUGCUCAUCUCCUGCCUCACCGUGCUGGUCUUCUACCUGCCGUCGCAGUGCGGCGAGAAGAUCACUUUGUGCAUCUCCGUGCUGCUCUCCCUCACCGUCUUCCUACUGCUCAUCACCGAGAUCAUCCCGUCCACCUCGCUGGUCAUCCCGCUCAUCGGCGAGUACCUGCUCUUCACCAUGGUCUUCGUCACGCUGUCCAUCGUCAUCACCGUCUUCGUCCUGAACGUGCACCACCGCUCGCCGCAGACCCACAGCAUGCCCCACUGGGUGCGGCGGGUCUUCUUGGACGCCGUGCCCCGGGUGCUGUUCAUGAAGAGGCCGCCCGGCACGGCCAAGCGGAACUGCAAAAAGCUGAUCGAGAUGCUGCACCGGCCCGCCGUCGUAUCUGCCACGGGCAACUCCCAGACUUUCUGGACGGGUUUCGGCACCAGCGGACCCAAGGCGCCGUCCGACGGUCCCGACAUCCACGUCUGUUCUCCGUCUCCGCCCGCCUCCCCUUUUAAGGACGAGACCCCGGUUAAAGCCCACAUCUUAUCCCGGUCGCCCCGGAACAGUAUUCCGGUCUACACCGGACAUCACUUGUCUUCUUCUCUGUUGUCCCUGCCCCCGACGUUGCCGCUAGGCCCCCUCCGCCGCCUCUCCAAGGAAGACUCCAACGCGCUCUCCCCGAACGGACGCUCCCGCAGCGUAGAGCAAAUGUGCGACCACCAGAGGGAGCCUCGGCGGCGUGAGCCGGGCAGCUUCUGCUACCGCUUCCUGCACAACGAAGGACCGGAGAACUGGACGGAGUCUGCAGACAGGGCCGAACCACGAUCCCCCACAAAGUGCCUCAAAGCCGAGUCCACGAGAGAACCAGGGAACCCACUCGAGGGGGCGGUUCUGUCCAUCUCCCCGGCUGUGCAACGAGCCAUCGAGGGAGUUCAGUACAUCGCAGACCACCUCAGGGCCGAGGACGACGACUUCUCGGUGAAGGAGGACUGGAAGUACGUGGCCAUGGUCAUCGACAGGAUCUUCCUCUGGAUGUUCGUGCUGGUGUGUAUUCUGGGGUCCGUGGGACUCUUUCUUCCCCCGUGGCUGGCCGGGAUGAUCUAAGAACUUCACCUCUCUUUUUCCCACCAGUCAAAGUGUUGCCCAGUUGUUGAUUUGCAUUAAGGUUAUAAACAGGACGGAAGGCACCAGAAGCGCAUACAUAGAGAGUUCAGUUUGACUUUGUGACGCCGUUGCGAAUCUUUGGGGCUCCGAACGAUUCGAUCCGAUUUUAGAUUCCUGGGGUGAUGAUGGGAUUUACAGUCGAUUCUCGAUUCAUUGCGAUUCUUGCAAUGUGUUAUGUGAUGUAAUAAUUAUGAUGAAACUUUUUUUCAAAAUAGUUUACAUGUUAGAAAAGCUAAAAAUAUACAAUAUAUUGUAAAUUCCAGACUAUAAGCCGCUUCUUUUUUCCCAAGCUUAUAAAAUGGGCAAGCAAAGACGUUUAAGUAGUGUGUUGUUGUUUGUGCUAUGGCGCCAUCUUGUGGACCAGUUUUGUACCGGAAGUAAAAUUGCCGUUCUGUUUUCCAGCCGUCCACAGAGUUCCUACUCGUAUGAUUCUUCGUUCAUCACUCCAAGCAACGUUUGUAAGUUUUACAAUAUAACUAAAACAAUUCUUACUUACUAAAACUUCCCAUGUGUGAUGUCUGUAGGAGUGUUUUCAUGCAUAUUUCAACAUGCUAUCGUAAUGUAAUGAAGCUAGCAUCAUUAGCAUUAUCUAAUAUGCUAACACAUUAAUGAGUGUGUGUGUUAGUAUUAUUAAAUUACUAUGGCAUUCUUUUUGUAUUGUUUCAGUUUCACCAAUUCCUCAGUAAAUUCAACAAAACGUCACCGUGGAGUUAUUGAGUCUGUUUAGCUGAUUAAAGAGCUAGCUUGCGCAGCUAGUGGGUCCAUGA